AACAGCUGCAGCGCAGAAAGCGCAGCCGGCGCCCGUGGUCUUCCGGCCAGCAGCCCGUGGCGGGGGAGGGGCGGACCGACGCCCGCGUUCUCAGGGCCCCCGCGGCCGGCGGAAGGGCCGCGCAUCGCGGAAGCUCGGCCGCAGCUGAGGAUCAGCUGCUGGAGGAGGCGGAGAAGGAGAGGGCGGAGCUUAGGGGGGAAGGAGAGGGAGGGGACCGUCAGGAAGCCGCGAACGCCACCGAGUGUCUGCACACCUCGCUCUGCCUGCCAUGGCUGGUUAAAGAACCAUCCGGAUCGCAGCGCGGGGGGAGGGCUGGGUGGGGGGAGAGCGGCGGCCGCGCGUGAGGCCGAGGGAGGGGCGGCGGCGCGAGCGGCGGCGGCGGCGGUUCCAGCAUGAAGAGGAGAGCUGGCCUGGGGGGCAGCAUGAGGUCAGUGGUGGGCUUCUUGUCCCAGCGGGGCUUGCAUGGGGACCCCCUGCUCACUCAGGACUUUCAGAGGAGACGCCUGCGGGGCUGCAGAAACCUCUACAAGAAGGACCUCCUCGGCCACUUCGGCUGUGUCAAUGCCAUUGAAUUCUCCAACAAUGGAGGCCAGUGGCUGGUCUCAGGAGGAGAUGACCGCCGGGUUCUGCUAUGGCACAUGGAACAAGCCAUCCACUCCAGGGUCAAGCCCAUACAGCUGAAAGGAGAGCACCAUUCCAACAUUUUUUGCCUGGCUUUCAACAGUGGGAACACCAAAGUGUUCUCUGGAGGAAAUGAUGAGCAAGUUAUCCUCCAUGAUGUUGAAAGCAGUGAGACCUUGGACGUGUUUGCUCAUGAAGAUGCAGUAUAUGGCUUGUCGGUAAGCCCAGUGAAUGACAACAUUUUUGCCAGUUCCUCAGAUGAUGGCCGGGUUCUUAUUUGGGACAUCCGGGAGUCUCCUCAUGGAGAGCCCUUCUGCCUGGCAAACUAUCCAUCAGCCUUUCAUAGUGUCAUGUUUAACCCCGUGGAGCCCAGGUUAUUGGCCACAGCCAAUUCAAAGGAAGGAGUGGGACUCUGGGAUAUUCGAAAACCUCAGAGUUCUCUCCUGCGCUAUGGUGGAAACUUAUCCCUACAAAGUGCCAUGAGUGUGCGAUUCAACAGCAAUGGGACCCAGCUCCUGGCCCUGAGGCGUCGUUUGCCCCCUGUCCUCUAUGACAUCCACUCCCGCCUGCCUGUGUUUCAGUUUGACAAUCAGGGUUACUUCAACUCAUGCACCAUGAAAAGCUGCUGCUUCGCAGGAGAUCGUGACCAGUAUAUCCUUUCGGGCUCUGAUGACUUCAACCUGUACAUGUGGAGAAUUCCUGCAGAUCCAGAAGCAGGUGGCAUUGGUAGGGUGGUCAACGGAGCCUUCAUGGUGCUGAAAGGGCAUCGAUCUAUUGUUAACCAGGUCCGAUUUAAUCCCCACACCUACAUGAUCUGCUCUUCUGGUGUAGAAAAGAUUAUCAAGAUUUGGAGCCCAUAUAAGCAGCCAGGAUGUACCGGAGACCUUGAUGGUCGAAUUGAGGAUGAUUCCCGCUGCCUCUAUACUCAUGAAGAGUACAUCAGUCUUGUGCUGAACAGUGGGAGUGGCCUGUCACAUGACUACGCCAACCAGUCAGUCCAGGAAGACCCCCGGAUGAUGGCCUUCUUUGACUCCCUGGUACGCCGAGAGAUCGAGGGCUGGAGCUCUGACUCCGACAGCGACCUCAGUGAGAGUACUAUCCUCCAGCUGCACGCAGGGGUCAGUGAGCGCUCAGGCUACACUGACUCAGAGUCCUCGGCCUCACUGCCUCGCUCCCCACCUCCCACAGUCGAUGAGUCUGCCGACAACGCCUUCCACCUGGGGCCCCUGCGGGUCACCACCACAAACGCAGUGGCGUCCACUCCACCAACACCCACGUGUGAGGAUGCGGCCUCCCGCCAGCAGCGUCUGUCUGCUCUGCGGCGCUACCAGGACAAACGCCUCCUGGCCCUUUCCAAUGAAUCCGAUUCUGAAGAGAAUGCAUGUGAGGUCGAACUGGACACAGAUCUCUUUCCCCGGCCACGGUCACCCAGUCCUGAAGAUGAAUCCAGCAGCUCCAGCAGCUCCAGCAGCUCAGAGGACGAGGAGGAACUGAACGAACGCCGAGCUUCUACCCGGCAGCGGAACGCCAUGCGGCGCCGACAGAAGACACCCCGAGAAGAAAGGCCCAGUGCCCCAGCCAAGCCCACCAACACCUACAUUGGAGAAGACAACUAUGAUUACCCCCAGAUCAAAGUGGAUGACCUCUCCUCCUCCCCUACCUCCUCCCCUGAGCGGAGCACUUCCACGCUGGAGAUUCAGCCAAGCCGGGCAUCACCAACUUCUGACAUAGAAUCAGUUGAGCGAAAGAUUUAUAAAGCUUACAAGUGGCUCCGCUACUCCUACAUCUCUUACUCAAAUAAUAAAGAUGGAGAGACCUCCCUAGUGACAGGGGAGGCAGAGGAAGGGAGAGCGGGAACCAGCCUCAAAGACAACCCAGCCCCUUCUUCCAGUAAAGAAGCCUGUCUAAAUACAGCAAUGGCCCAGAGGAACCAGGACUUUCCCCCUGAAGGCUGCAGCAAGGAUGCUUUUAAAGAAGGGACUUCUACUAGAAAUCCUAACAGUGGCCCAGGCCAUGAGCACAGUAGCCACCCUUGGGCAGAGGUGCCAGAAAGCACCUCUCAGGACACUAACAAUGGUGGCUCUGUAGAACACCCUUUUGAAACCAAGAAGCUCAAUGGAAAGGCCCUGAGCAGUCGGGCUGAGGAGCCACCUUCUCCUCCUGUCCCCAAGGCAUCUGGCUCCACUCUGAGCAGUGGGUCUGGCAACUGUCCCAGGACCCAGUCUGAUGACAGUGAGGAGAGGAACCUCGAAACCAUCUGUGCCAACCACAACAAUGGACGCUUACACCCCCGCCCCUCUCACCCUCACAACAAUGGGCAGAACUUGGGAGAGCUGGAGGCAGUGGCCUACUCUUCCCCAGGAAAUUCGGGCACUGACCAUGAUAACUUGUCCCUGACAGGGACACUCCUACACAAAGAUUGUUGCGGGUCUGGAAUGGCCUGUGAGACCCCCAAUGCUGGAACAAGAGAGGACCCCACUGACCCCUCAGCCACAGACAGCAGCAGGGCUGUUCAUGGCCACAGUGGCCUCAAAAGGCACCGAGUUGAAUUGGAAGAUACGGAUUCAGAGAAUUCCUCCUCAGAGAAGAAAUUAAAAACAUGAUAAAUAAAAAGGGAAAACAAAAAGCUACAAAAAGUAGCCUUACAAAAAAAAAAAAUCCUGUUUAGUGAACACAGAGGAAAGGAAAAACAAGUAUUAAAGGCACAUAAAACCAGGGCCUGAAAUGUUGUGUCUCAUGCUGCUCCCUUCUAUCCCACAUUCAUCGGUGGGUCUGAAUGUCUAGCUGGCCGUUGGCUUGUGCUGUGUUAAGAAAGGGAAAAACACCCAAGUGACUCCUUUCUAAGUGAGACUUGAGCAGAGUGUGCCUGUGCGAGGUUCUGUGAACAUGCAUCCUUGUUGAGACGUCUGACUUGUUCUUGUGUGUGCGCGCACUGGCACGUGUGAGUUCACUGUCUCCUAAGACCUUUGUUUCUCUUCUCCAUCAGAAAGGACCUAUGAAUAUGUAUUUUUUGCCAUCUCACCCUGUUUACAUGACAUAGGUAUUCUGGUCUGAAGUUGGGUGCCUGUUAAAUCCGAUUGUGCUGCCAGUGAGUUGUAGAUUUAUGCUGGAAGAAUGGAGAAUGGAAACAAGCCUUCAGCCCGUUGGGUGUGGUGGAGAGGAAAACAUGGUUCCUUUCUUAAAGAAACAUUGCAUGUUUUCUUUAAGUAACACUUCAUUGAACAAUUUAAUGUGGACAUACUAAAAGUGGAACAUUUUUGAUGCUAAUAAAAGGUUAGCACUUUAAGAUCAGAUUCAAGAGAAUAUAGAUCCCUGAUAAAUUUCACUGUUAGCAAAUUGAGCAGUCCUGCAACAUGUACUGUAUUGGAGGCCAUAAAAGAUAACUAGUUGUGGAUAACACACUUUAACCAGUUAGGUGCUAGUUCCUAAGAGGCACUCAAAUGGCCAGCAGGUGCUUCCUUGGCUCCACUUGAUGGAGUCUAGGCAUACCGAGAGAAAGGGAAAGGCAGUUCCCAAGAGCUUUGUGCUCAGACUACUGAAGUGGAUGUUACAGGUGUGUUAACGAAGAAGUGUGGUGAAGAGCAGAAAGUGGGACUAUAUUCAUUUAACCUAACCUAGAACCAUUGGCUAGAACUGGUAGGACUGGCAUCUUCUCUCAGACUUACAGUUGGCAGAGGCUGUGGUGUUCCGACUAGACUUUGCAGAGCAGUAGGCAUCUCAAGUUAACAGAUUCUUAUUGAGUAGGUCUGUUAGGAGGCACAGGGUGUGGGGGGAGGAGUCUGGUUUAAGAUUCCUGAUUCCCAGAAGAGAUUCAGUUUCAUUGAGGUAGAUAAGGAUUGGGGGGGAGAAAAAGACCCAAGACAUUUUAGCGUUGUGGUUGGUGGUGGUUACAGUCACUUGGUUAUCAAUGAAGGAUUGUGCAAGACCGGAGGACCUAGGGAUGACCAGAUAUCUUAUUGGCAUAGGUGUCAUAGAAAGCAGAAUACUGGCAAGAAAUGAGGAAGAGAGAAAAGAACGAUUUAGCUUUCUUGAGCACCAAGUUGCUAGACAACUGAGACCUGGCUGGGAUUGGCGUCAGGAGGACCGAAUGUGAGAUUAGUGUGGCCUCCCUGCCCCAGUGUUCCUUUUAGGGGAGGGCCUGUCCUGUUAGAACUGGGACAGAGGGGAGGCCAUCUGUGGAGGCAGAAGACUUGGAUAAAUUCAGGCACUGGGGCCGGGGGAUGGGGUGUUAUUUAUAAAAGGAAGGUCGUUGAUGUAAGCCAAAAGGAGAUACCAUCUCACUAAGCUUUACGUGUGUGUGAUGUGGCUGGGGUGUGAAAACACUGUUUAGGUGAAGGGGUGGUGUGAGUAGCAGUGGGGAUGUGUACAAUUUAACAACUGGACUCUUAUUGGGGAAGCGGGGAAGUAAUCCUGUAACCAACAUUAGAAUUGCUUUGGAUUUGUAAUCAAAAUGGUUCUAUGAUUUGUCUUUGACUAUUCACAGAUAAUUGUAAAUUCUGGUUUUAUAAGCCCAAGUCAUUUUACAUUUGCUUUUCCAAAAUGUAUUAAAUUGGAAUUUUUUUAAUCCUUUAUAUACAAAAAAGAUGUAAUCACUCAGCGUGUGUUUCUCUUCCCCUUCUCAGCAUACCCAAUCUUUAUAUUUUAUUUUAAUCUAAUUAGCAGGUAGCCUCUUCUGACUUCUCUAAGGACAAUCCACGUAUCUUCCUGGAGAAAAAGAAGUAAAGUUCCCAUGGGAACUAGCUACUUGGUAGUUCCAGUUCCCAAAUGCAGAACUUGGUCUUUUCAUGUUAAAAGCCUUACUCUCAUUUGGGUACUCAAAAGAGAAGUCAAAGCUCAUUCUGGUUAACUUUAGAAGCCAAGAAAGAUCAUUUUUAGUAAGGAUGCCUUCCAUUUUUGGGAGAGACUUCCCAGCAUGCGAGGCUCAGCUCACCAGGAGAGAGGCCCCAUCAGACCUGCAGGAGCAGGCUGAGAAAUGCUUGUUCCUGUGCUUGCUCCACCCUCAUUUCCAGAGAUCUUGUGUCUGUGGUCGUGGGGCUGGAAACCUGGUGGGAACUAUUCCUAGGUACCUUUGCCUAAACUCUUGUAGAAUUGAGGCUCCAACUUUGGAGGCGCAUUUAAUCCCUAAUUUCUUCCAUGAUAGAUAUUUUUACUAGCAGGACAGAUGGCACUGAUUAGGUUAAGAGCUAUUUGGAAGUGCCUCUUAUGUUUUUUUCUGCAUCCUGUACAUAAAGUUUUAAGUGGCAGGACCAGAUAUUUAAAACCAUUUCUCUCUAGUUUGUUUUCCACCUGGUUCUGUAAAUGAUUCUCUAGGACAGCAGGUAAAAGUUAAAUGAGUUGUUGGCUUGGGGCAAAUGAAGUUUGCAACUGUGCUUGAUUUAAUAAGCCAAGAGUCUCUUGUUUGUCUGUCAAGGUGCCUUCCUCUGCUGAAGCCUUACCUCCUCUUCUCACCCAGCAACGGUUAACUCUUCUCUUGUGUAUAUGCAAAUAAACCUAUUAUUCACUU